UUCCGUUUGGGACAAUCAUGGUGGAUGAAAAUAACGUGAACUGUAUCUUAAUGUAUUCUUAAAUGAAACACGCGUGUGAAUUACGUGUAUUUGUGUUUGAAAUCUGUCAUUUACGAGUUUGUUUGUUUUAGAUGCGCUUAGUCGAGUUAGUUUGGUAUUUACGCGUGUGUUUGACGGUCGUUGGUCGGUAACCUUGGCAUCAGUCAUUCUGAAGAAAAGGAGAGGACAGAAGCAAACAUGUCAGGUGUCUUUCGUGGUUUAAGUUCUUUAUCAACCAAGAUCCUAACAGAUGCCACACUUUUACCAUGCCCCUGGUUUGUGUCUGCACGCAGUAAAUUCUCCAAAUCAAGAAUCCCAAAAGAGUUUUUUGCAGAUAGAUCGAAAGACCAUGGGAAAUAUGGAGGGGAUCCAGAGCAGCCUCACAAACUGCACAUCGUGACUCGAAUCAAAAGUGUGAUGCGGAGACCUUACUGGGAGAAAGAGAUGGUGAAGCAUCUGGGAUUAGAAAAGGCACAUGCCCCCGUGAUUCACAAAAACACACCUGCUGUCAACAGCCAACUGAAAUUUGUCAAGCACCUGGUGAGGAUCCAGCCUCUGAAGACUCCCUAUGGACUCCCCGCUGAACAAGACAUGGCCGACACCUACAUCAACAGCAAAGGAGAGCUGAUCGUCCAUCGUCUUCUCCAACCUGCAGAUCCCAAGGCUAUUGAAUCUUAACAGCACUCUCAACAAUUUAAUCUUCCAGUUGUACAUAUGUAAACAUUCAGUAAGUUGUUGUCAAAGAUCCUUCAGUAAACUCGUGUUCUGACAAAUGAAGCAAGCUGAAUAAAAAAAAACCUCUGACUUGCAUAUUUGAACGGAUUCUGGAUUUUACUCAGAAAAUGUUAUUAUUUAGGAUAUUUGGUUUAUUUUAACCACAUUGUCAAUCACAGAUACAUUUUUGAAUCACAAAAAAAAAAUGAUGCCCUAAACUCUGAAAUGUAUUAUAAUGAGAUAUCUAUUUUAAUGUUUUUCCCCCAUCCACCAGAUACAAGCAAAAAAAAAAAAACACAGGCGCAAAGACUUGGUUUUUACUCUUUAAUAAGUUUGCAUUAGUUGAGUCACUCUUGCUACAAGAAAAAAGUUGUGUUUCGUGAAAAUGUAUUAUCUGUUGCUUUAGGAAGAUCUUGGCACUCGCAUUAUUUGUAAGACAUGAGACAAACGGUUACAUGGAAACACAGAAUAAAAACUUAAUAACUUUA